UCUUGUCCGGGUCCGGUCUGCGCGGAGCUUCUGGGAAGAGUUUGCAUGGCGCGGAAGUCCCUUUAGCGGAGGCUCACUGCGUCCGCAGAGCCAGGGAGUUGAAGGGAGCAGCGGAAUCGGUGGGGGUUGGCGUGCGUCUAAUGUCCGGGGCCCUCAGGAAGCCGCGUUCCUCGGAUGCAGCUUCUGGGUUUUCACUCCAGAUCCCUCUGUGGUCCUUCGAGAGAAUUCGGGAAGGGGCGGGGGCGAGGACUAGCGCAGAGACAGCUGAGUUCUAAUCCCAGGUCUCCCUUUACCAGCUGUUGGACCUUGAGUACCUUAGAUGGCGACUAUCAGAAAGAAAUAGGAUCAUGGCAGCAGAUGAUGACAAUGGUGAUGGAACAAGUUUAUUUCAUGUCUUUUCUGCUUCUCCUCUUAAAAAUAAUGAUGAAGGUUCUUUGGACAUAUAUGCUGGGUUGGACAGUGCUGGUUCUGACAGUGCAUCCAAAUCCUCUGUACCAUCCAGGAAUUGUCUGGAUUUAUAUGAAGAAAUCCUGACUGAAGAAGGAACUGCAAAGGAGGCAACAUAUAAUGAUUUGCAGGCAGAAUAUGGAAAAUGUCAGCUGCAAAUGAAAGAGCUGAUGAAAAAGUUUAAAGAAAUACAGACACAGAAUUUUAGCUUAAAAAAUGAAAACCAGUCCCUUAAGAAAAAUAUCUCAGCACUUAUCAAAACAGCCAGAGUGGAAAUAAACCGCAAGGAUGAAGAAAUAAAUAAUCUUCACCAAAGACUGUCAGAGUUUCCACAUUUUCGGAAUAAUCAUAAAACUUCAAGGACAUCAGAUCUAGUUAAAACAAAAGAUCUUAAAUCCAGAUCUCCCCAUUUGGAUGACUCUUCAAAGACUGAUCACAGAGUGAAAAGUGAUGUUUCUAAAGAUGUACAUUACAGCACUUCACUGCCAAACCAUGAAAAGGAAGGAAAAUCACACUGUGAAAAAAAGAGCACUUUGCAUUUGCCUACAUCUGUUGAAAAACACUCCACCAAUGGCAUUUGGUCACGUUUCCAUUAUCAGGUUGGUGAGAGCAAUUCAAAUGAGGAUCAUAGAAGAGGAAGGAAAGAUAGUCGACAUAGCCAGUACAACCGGGGGACUGACAGAAUACGAAAAGACUUGAGCACUAGCUAUGGUGAUGGUGAACCGAGGAACACAGAGGCCAGUCAGAGGCUACAAGGACAUCCUGAGAAAUAUGGUAAAGGUGAACCAAAGGCUGAAAGCAAAACUGCAAAGUUGAAAAGUAACACGGAUUUAGAUUAUAAAAAUGAGCGCAUCAGCUCUUCUUGGGAGAAAGAAAGCUCUAGAGACAAGUCACACACUCGACUAGAAUCUCAAAGUGACAAAAAACUCGAAAGACAAAGUGAAAGAUCACAAAAUGUAAAUAGAAGAGAACUUAAAUCACAAGACAAAGAAGAAAGAAAAGUUGAUCAGAAGUCGAAAUCAGUAGGGAAAGGCCAGGAUCAUUGGAGAAGAUCUGAACGAGCGGUGCUUCCGCAUUCCAAAAAUGAACCAUCAAAGUCUUCACACAAUUCAAAUAAAUACCAUCUAGAGGAGAGAAGAGGCUGGGAAGAUUGUAAAAGAGACAGGGCUGUAAGUAAUCAUAGUUUUCAAGAAGGAAGAUGUCCGUCUUCUCUUUUAGCCAGUAGAACUCACAAACACAUUGAUUCCACAGAAGUUGAUUCUGUGCACCAGCGGGAAAAUGCACCUUUCAGAGCAGAAAGGCACAGAACUGAAGAAAAGAGGAAAAGGGAACGAGAGAACAAAGAAGAAAAUAAGCAUAUCAGAAAUGAAGAAAGAGUACCUUCAGGACAUUUGCAGAAGACUAACAAAGAAACUAAGAAAACCACCGCAGACUUAAAGAGACAGAAUGAGCCAAAAAAUGAUAAAGGGGAAGUCUCUAACAAUGAUGUUUCUGAAGGAGCAAAUAAUAAGGAGCCAGCAGUUAGAACUGAGAGUGCCCUAAAUGAACCGCAAAACAAAGACUUAAAGUUGAGCUUUAUGGAAAAAUUGAACUUAACUCUUUCUCCUGCUAAAAAGCAGCCUGUUUCUCAGGAUAAUCAGCAUACAGUAACUGACACUCCCCAAUCCUGUGACAUAUGUGAUUCUGAGUCAUUGGUGCAGGCUAAGACUGUGACAUGUGUUCCCUCUGUCAGUGACCAUAUCACAGAGGAAACCAAAUCUGAGUUAUUGGAACCAAAGGAUGCUCUUACAGCAGCAUUUCAACCCGGGACCAGUAUUUCAGAACGGAAAGUAGAAGAAAAUAGUUUGUCUGUUGCAUCUGUGGAGAAUACUGUGCCUUGUGACACACCCAUAUGUGGCACAGAGACUUCCUUCUCAGCACCUGUGGAAAUGGAACCAUCAGAAUCUUUGUUAUCUUCAUCCACAGAAAUGGAACAGACUGUUAAUGGUUCCAGGGCAGCAGUUCCUAUGAAAAUAGACACAGCACAGACAAAUGUUUCUCAGAACAUUGGCUUGGAAUUGGAUAGCAAAAGAAACAGUGACUUAAAUUCUUGUAGUAUUUCUCAAGAGACAGAAAUGAAGGAGGCUUUUUCAACAAAUGUGACCAAAUCCAGUGAAAGCAUUUUGCAGCCUUCAGUUGAAGAAACUGACAUUCUGCCAGCCGUCCUUUCAGAAGGUGGUACACCAAAACUUGAGCCUUCUCUUGUAGACCCACCACUGGUUGAGAAUAAGUCUUGUCAUUUGGAUCCUUGCUUACCUAGAGAGACUCCAGAAUCUUCACUUCAGCGGACUGAGUUAAUGGAUGACACAAUGGAAGUUGGUGAAACAAACUCAGUAUAUCAUGAUGAUGAGAACUCAGUUCUGAGCAUUGACUUUAAUCAGCUGAGACCUAUUCCAGAAGCCAUCAGUCCUCUGAAUAGUCCAGUGAGACCUGUAGCAAAAGUUCUUAGACUGGAAAGUGCAUCUCAAGUUCCAUUAUAUAAUAAUAAUCAUAAAGAUGUGUUUCUACCAAAUUCAGCUCAUUCUACCUCCACAAGUCAGUCUGAUCUCAACAAGGAAAAUCAAAAGCCAAUAUGCAAAUCUGACAAAUUUGCAGAAGCAGACUCCCACAAGAAUUCAUCUUUAGAUGAAUUAGAAGAAGGAGAAAUUAUAAGUGACAAUGAAAAACCUGAACCACAAAGUUUUGACAAAAGUGCCAAACCAAGAGCUUCUACAGAAGUGCAGAACACAAAAACUAGCCCAGAAAGUAGGAAAAGCUCUGUGCGUUUGGAUAAAGACAAUAGGAAGAUAUCCUCUAUGAAAAUGCAUCAGACCAAAAGCAGAUGGAACAGAAGACGAAGUGAAUCCAGCAGAUCUUCAAAAACAGAGAAGAAAGAGAGGUCAAUGAGCACUUCCAGCCUGGAAAAAAUAGUUCCAAUCAUUGUCACACCCUCUUCUGUCCGAGAGAUUAUGCACAUGUUACGAAUGAUAAGAAAACAUGUAAGGAAAAAUUAUAUGAAAUUCAAGGUAAAAUUUUCAUUAAUACAAUUUCAUAGAAUUAUUGAGUCAGCAAUUUUGAGUUUUACAUCACUAAUUAAAUACCUGGACUUGUCCAAAAUAUCUAAGUCAGUGACUACUUUACAGAAGAAUCUCUGUGAUGUUAUAGAAUCCAAACUCAAGCAAGUUAAAAAGAAUGGCAUCGUGGAUCGUUUAUUUGAACAGCAGCUGCCAGAUAUGAAAAAAAAAUUGUGGAAAUUUGUAGAUGAACAGCUUGAUUAUUUGUUUACAAAACUUAAGAAAAUCUUUGUAAAGUUUUGUGACUCCAUGAAUGUUGGCAGUGAUAGUGACGAAGGAAAGCUUGAAAAGAAAAGUAAAGAGAAAGCACGAUCUUCACACUGUCAGAAGGGGAAUAUAAACAACUUGGGCAAAGAAAUGUUGAAAGAGAAAUCCCCCAAAUCAGAAGAUUAUGGUUCUUCUAAGUAUUCGGUUGGUUGUAAAAAAUCUGAGGAAAAACAUCAAGAGCAAAAGAAUUCCAAUAGUAACACAAUAAAGCAUGACAUUAAAAAGACUGCUAACACUUGCUUUGAUAAUAUGAAGAAUCCUCAAUCUGAAGCGCAUUCCUUGGAACCAAACUGCCUGAGCACCCCAAAGCCAGGAAAAAUUGAAGGUAGCACCACAGAGGAUGCCCAGACAUCCCAGCUUGUGCCUUUGAAGCCAGAACGCAGUUUUGAGAUUCUUACCGAACAGCAGGCGUCUAGCCUUACAUUUAAUUUAGUGAGUGAUGCACAGAUGGGAGAGAUAUUUAAAAGUUUGUUGCAAGGUUCUGAUCUUUUGGACAACAGUGUUAACUGUAAUGAAAAAAAUGAGUGGGAGUUAAAGACACCAGAGAAACAGCUGCUAGAGAGUCUCAAAUGUGAAUCUAUACCAGCUUGUACAACUGAAGAGCUCGUUUCAGGGGUGGUUUCUCCCUGCCCUAAGAUAAUCAGUGAGGACAACUGGUCCUUACUGUCAUCUGAGAAAGGUCCAUCUCUGUCUUCAGGGCUUUCAUUGCCAGUUCAUCCGGAUGUGUUGGAUGAAAAUUGUAUGUUUGAAGUGUCCACUAACAUAGCUUUAAGUAAAGAUAAUGUAUGUGGUUCAGAAAAGAGCAAGCCCUGCAUUUCUUCCAUACUUCUUGAGGAUCUAGCCGUCUCUUUAACAGUACCAUCGCCUCUGAAGUCAGAUGGCCAUCUCAGUUUUUUAAAGCCAGAAGCUUUGUCUAAUUCAACGCCUGAAGAAGUUAUUAGUGCCCAUUUUAGUGAGGAUGCCUUACUGGAGGAAGAGGAUGCAUCUGAACAGGAUAUUCAUUUAGCCCUGGAGUCUGAUAAUUCAAGCAGUAAAUCAAGUUGUUCUUCAUCAUGGACAAGCCGGCCUGUUGCUCCAGGCUUUCAGUACCACCCUAACCUCCCCAUGCACGCUGUCAUAAUGGAAAAGUCCAACGAUCACUUCAUUGUGAAAAUUCGGCGUGCGGCACCAUCUACCUCCCCUGCUCUUGUACAGAAUACAGUGGCUGAUGAAUAUCUGCCGAGAGUGGAAAAGGAAGCUGAUGAAGCAGUGGAGGAAGAAUAUAUUUCAUGUCAGAACAGAGUUUUUAAAUCUGUGGAGGAACUGAAAAAUUCCAGUAAGAAUGUUGAUGGCAGAUUAGUUCAUGAGGAACAAGACUGUGUGAUACAAACAGAAGUUCCUGACAUAUAUGAAUUUCUUAAAGAUGCUUCAGGUAAAGUGAGUCAAAGUACCGAAGAGGCUGAAGAAUGUUUGAAGUUGCAUCAAGUAUGGGAACCAAAAGUGCCUGAAAGCAUUGAAGAAUUGCCUCCAGUGGAAGAAAUUCCACAUUCUGUUGAGGAUCAUCUUCCAAGCACAUGUAUAGACCUCACAAAAGAUCCAGUCACCGAGACCAAAAAGUUGGGGGAAUUAGUAAAAGUAACAGUUUUAAAUAUUGAUCAGUUGGGAUGUUCUGGAAGUAGUGUGGAUCAAAAUGCUCCAGUAUUAGACAAUAUGCAGCCUGAAACUGUUGAUACUUUUAUUGAUUUGACACAAGAUGUUUCAAGUGACAGUAAAAAUGAAGGUAACCAUCCUGCUGUAGUUGUUGAAGACUUGGGGUGUCCAGUGAUAUGUGUCGAUGAAGAUAACUCGAAGGAAGAAAAUGUGCAGGUGGCGAACAGGCCUUUGGAAUGUGUCAUUGAGGAGGCCUGUAUCGAUCUAACCUUGGAAGCUUCCAGUUUGGGUGAAGUGAAAAAGGAUGAUUUAAACUCAGAGUCAGCAUUGAAUUCCAACAGUUCAGAGUUGCCUGGGAUGUUGGAUAACCCUCACAAAAAGAGAAGAAAUCUUUCUGAUCUAAAUCCUUCUUCUCAGAAAAAACAGAGAAAGGAAACAGACUUAACCAGUAGGGAAAAGACCAAAAAAAUUACCCAAGACUCUGGUGAGAAUGGUAAUGCUCAUCGAAGGAAAGCCAGUAAGAAAAAGGCCCCUUCAGUGACUAAAGACCCCUCAUCAUUAAAGGAAAGCCCGGGGACUAAGGAUGCAUCAGCAGCAUCUGCCACUUCUUUUACAAGCCUUUCUGCAAAGAAUGUUAUUAAAAAGAAGGGAGAAAUUAUAGUUUCGUGGACAAGAAAUGAUGACCGGGAAAUUUUAUUGGAAUGUCAGAAAAAAGGGCCAUCAUUGAAAACAUUUACUCAUUUAGCUGCUAAGUUGAAUAAAAAUCCGUAUCAGGUCUCAGAAAGAUUCCAGCAGCUAAUGAAGCUCUUUGAAAAGUCCAAAUGCAGGUAGUUAAUGGUUACACUGCAGGAGGCUAGUAAAAUAAGUUGCUGAGUUUCUUGGAGUCUUAAUUGAUAUUGCAUACUACACAAAAGCUUGGAAUUCUUCAUGUUUUUAAUGGAGCAGGAGAGGGCAGUUUUAUGACAUAUUUGAUUACCAGAUAAUAAUCUGCAUUUGUUAUUACUUGCUGACUCUUAACUUCAGGCCAACAUAGUCAACUUGUUCCUGUCAUCAAUGUGACUUGCUCACCUGUUACUGGUCAGAAUAUUUAUUUCUAAGCAGGUUACAACUUAUUAUUAAGGUAAAAGCAACAAUGAAACAGUACUGAAAUCUUAGUUUUGAUAUUUCAAAGAAAUGACUUUCUUUUCUAGAUUUUUAAAAAUAGUUUUGUAGCAUUUUAAACUUAAUGAUUAUUUAGUUUGUUUCAUCCAUUUUUAUUUGCUUUUGUAAUUGCCUGUCCUCAUUUUGUUAAAUUGUAAAAUAAUUUAAAUAGUGUAUCUGUAAAUAUGUAUAAUUAUAAUGAUGUAAAAUACUUUCUGUGUGUGUAUAUGUGUGGGUGUAUACACACACAUGAAUGGCUGUGCCUAGCCAAGGAUUUUUUUAUUUGUAUAAAACUUUUUGUAUAAAGUUUGCUUUCAUUACCAGUAAUGUAUAAAUAAAACCAUGUAAAGUUCUGUUA